AUGUCAAACACUCUUCGCCCGUACCUUUCGGCAGUACGGUCAACAGUGACCGCAGCAAUGUGUCUGGAGAACUUCUCAUCACAAGUAGUCGAGAGGCACAAUAAGCCUGAGGUCGAAGCAAGAGUAUCCUCAGAAGUUCUCUUAACCCCGGUCGUCAUUAGCCGUAACGAAAACGAAAAAGUUCUCAUCGAAGGAUCGAUCAAUUCCCUCCGAAUUAGCAUCAAGGUCAAACAAGCCGAUGAAAUUGAGCGAAUAUUGUGCCACAAGUUUACCCGGUUUUUGAUGCUGCGGGCGGAGAGCUUCUUUAUCUUGAGGAGGAAACCUGUGGAGGGGUAUGAUAUUAGCUUUUUGGUGACAAACCACCAUACAGAAACGAUGUAUAAGCACAAGCUAGUAGAUUUUAUUAUCCAGUUCAUGGAGGAAGUUGAUAAGGAGAUUAGUGAAAUGAAGCUGAGCUUGAAUGCACGAGCUCGUAUCGUAGCGGAAUCGUAUCUGCAACAGUUUUCAUGA